CUCUUUUCUCCUUUCUUCUCUACCAAACCCUACGAAAGAAGGUUUUCUCUCAACAUUUCUUCCCUUUCUUCCUUUCUCAAUCUCAUCACUUUCUAAUCUCCCCUUGGCUUCCAGUCAAAACCUUCAUAUUCCCCACCUUCACCAUCGCCGCUGUGAAAUCCACCUUCCAGAGGCUCCGACUACUCCGAUACUGUCUCACCGUCGCUGCCGUCAAUGGGUCAUCUUCCAUCGCACUUAGGUAACAUUUUUACUACUACUAUUAUCGUAACAAACACCCUUUAUUUUUCUUAUUUUUAUGCAUCUAAAACUACAUUCGGGAAGGAAGAGCAAAAGGGAUAAAUGGCAAAGGCAAAAAGUCAUAGUAAUGGAGACUGCCUUAAAAGGAAGAAAAAUGAAUUUACUUAAGUUUGCCGUAGUACCCAUUUCCAAGUAUAGAGGAAAAGCACAGAUGCUUGGCUACGGAUGGGCUGGAAUAUUUAGAAAAGUCCUUGUGGAUUCUCCAUACAUGUGGUGGCCAGCAAAUUUGGUUCAAGUUUCUCUUUUCAGGGCAUUGCAUGAGAAAGAGAAGAGGCCAAGAGGAGGACAUACAAGGCUCAAAAUUCUGCUACCUGUUGGUGUUUAUUGAGCUGUGUUGCCUGCUGUUAGGGUGAGUGUGCAGUGACUACGAUAUGGAGUAGGUGCUACAGUUAUAAUAGGUAAUCUCUACCCAUGUACUUUUUUUCUAUUUGCCAAAUUGUACCGUAUUUGAUCAAUGUUUACUUCAGUUUCUACUAUUGAGCCUUCCUAAGCAAAGCUCUUAAGUUAAAUAGUAGUUUUUUUUUAAUAUAAACUCUUAAGUUA